CGACCAACCCGAAAGGGCAUUUUGGGUAAAGGGGAAUAAACUUUUAAUUCACUCCACAUCUCCACCACCGUCGGCCUAUUUCACGUUCUCGAAUCUAUCAGCUCAAGCCCCACGACGCCAUCACGCCAAAUUCACCUCCCACAACCACCGCCUUCCCCCCACAUCCACCAGCUCGAACCAGCAUCGUUUUCGUUUUCUGUCAGCGACAAUGACGAAAACACCCCUCACAUUCCUCCAAGUCCUCUCCAUUUUUUCCUUCUCCGUCCUCCUCCUCCUCCUCCUCCCCUCCGUCACCGCCGAGAUCAAAACCCUAACCAUCACGGCCGACUCCCGCCCCAUGAUCCUCUUUGAGAAAUUCGGAUUCACACACACCGGCCACGUCACCGUGAGCGUCUCCGGCGUCUCCGUCGCCUCCACUCUCUCGUCCCCUGAUCCCUCCCGUCUGGGGUUCUUCCUCCUCUCCGAGGAGUCUCUCCUCCAAGUCCUCAUGGAGCUCCAACAGAACCCUUCCUUCUGUGUUCUUGAUUCCCAAUACAUCCUCAGCCUCUUCACCUUCCGCGAUCUCUCUCCGCCUCCUCACGCCUCCUUCAACCAAUCCUACCCUGUCUCCUCCCCCAACGAGUACAGCCUCUUCUUCGCCAACUGCGCACCUGAGAGCCAGGUCACAAUGUCCGUACGCACCACGGUCUACAACAUUGAUAAUGGCAAAACCAAGGACUAUCUCUCCGCCGGCCAGACUCAGCUCCCUGCCCUCUACUUCCUCUUCUCCCUUGCCUAUUUCGCCUUCCUAGUCUUUUGGAUCCACACCUGUUACAGAAACAAGCGAUCCGUCCACCGGAUCCAUAUGCUGAUGGCCGGAUUGCUGUUGAUGAAGGCUUUGAAUCUGAUCUGCGCCGCGGAGGAUAAGCAUUACGUAAAGGUCACAGGAACACCUCACGGUUGGGAUGUGCUGUUUUAUAUAUUUCAGUUUAUUAGGGUUGUGCUGCUUUUCACCGUCAUUGUGUUGGUCGGCACUGGGUGGUCGUUCUUGAAGCCCUUCUUGCAAGAGAAGGAGAAGAAGGUGUUGAUGAUUGUGAUUCCGCUGCAGGUUUUGGCAAAUGUGGCUUCCGUUGUGAUUGGCGAGACAGGGCCUUUUAUUAAGGAUUGGGUGACUUGGAACCAGGUGUUCUUGUUGGUCGACAUUGUGUGUUGUUGCGCCAUUAUUUUCCCCAUUGUGUGGUCAAUUCGGUCCCUGAGAGAGACAUCAAAGACUGAUGGGAAGGCAGCAAGGAAUUUAGCAAAGCUGACAUUAUUUAGGCAGUUCUAUAUUGUUGUGAUUGGUUACUUGUAUUUUACACGCAUUGUAGUGUUUGCCCUCAGGACAAUUGCUGCGUAUAGGUAUCAAUGGGUGAGUAAUGCUGCGGAGGAGAUUGCCAGUCUCGCAUUUUACUUGGUGAUGUUUUAUAUGUUUCAGCCCGCUGAGAAGAAUGAGUAUUUUGUGCUUGAUGAAGAGGAAGAAGAGGCUGCGAUGGCAGCUCUCAGGGAAGAAGAAUUUGAACUUUGAAAAUGGUAAUGAGGGAAGUUUUGUAGGUCAUCUUUUUUGGCUUUGUUGCGGCUGUGGUAACACUACGCAAAGGUAUUUGGUGGAUUUACCAGUGGGAUUGCUUGGACAGGUUUGGACUUCUCUUUUUUUUUUCUUCUUCUUCUUCCUUGUUUUUUUUUUUUUUAAUGGUAAUAAGAACUUCAGUAAUUAUGGAAACAGUGCUUGUAUUUAGAACUAAUGGAAUUAUCAGGUUAUUCUGCUGGUAAUAAAAUUCAAGAUAUAGAGUUAUUCACGGUUUAUUCUUUA